AUGAUGCAGAGCGACAUCAAAGUCAGCCUGGGCAAGGCCCAGGUCAUCGACAAUGUACCGAAGGUUAUCAAGGAGUUGAAGUUUGGCGCAUUAUCAGACAACGAUGUAAUCAGUCAAGCCGUCGUCGAAGUCUCCGACCGUAGAUUCUACGAUCUCGAACGAGAUCGCGUCGUUCAGGAAAAUGGGCCUCUGGAUCGUCGACUCGGUAUCAGCGGCAAAAUGGAAACAUGCCUUACCUGCGGUUUGGGCCACAAAGACUGCAACGGCCAUUUCGGACAUGUCAAAUUAGUCCUCCCGGCUUUCCAUAUUGGAUAUUUCAAACGUGUUAUUGGGAUUCUGCAGGUUAUUUGCAAGGAAUGUUCGGCUAUACUUUUACCGGAGGCGGAACGGCGCGCGUUCCUAAAGGAGAUGCGGCGGCCAAGGAUGGAUAAUCUUCGACGAUUACAGAUUGCGAAGAGGGUUGUUGAGCGGUGCAAGAAGACGAGGGAGUGUCCCCGGUGCGGCGCUGUAAACGGCGUGGUGAAAAAGGCUGGUACGGCGGCGCUGAAAAUUGUGCAUGAAAAAUUUCGCUACUAUAAUCAGUCAACUGCCAUGAAGAAGGUUGCGCCUAUCAGCAAAAUCGUCUUUGAUAACUCGUUGACGGAAGCUAGAGCCUCGAAUCCUGAUGUGGAUAGAUUUUACAAAAAGGCUCAGGAUGAUCUGCAUGCGCUUCGGGUUAUGAAUCUUUUCAAGAAGAUUACCAACGCAGACUGUGAGCUGUUGGGUCUUGACCCCACGGAAGUUCGUCCUGAGACUUUUCUCUGGCAGUAUAUUCCUGCUCCGCCGAAUUGUAUUCGCCCUUCUGUCAGUCAGGAUGGAGCAUCGAAUGAAGAUGAUUUAACCGCAAAACUUGGUGAUAUUGUGCAGAGCAACAUUACGCUGAGGAAUAACUUGAGAAAAGGAGCUCCGGUUCCGACUUUGAUGGAAUGCUGGGACUAUAUGACGCUACAGAUCGCCAUCUAUAUCAAUGGUGAUGUUCCUGGUCUGAAAGGCGAGGCUGGCAAACCGACUCGCUCACUGGUCUCUCGUUUGAAAGGGAAGCAGGGUCGAUUCCGUGGUAACUUGUCGGGAAAACGUGUCGACUUUUCGGGUCGUACUGUCAUCUCACCCGAUCCCAACCUACGGAUUGACGAGGUGGCAGUCCCGGAACUAGUUGCAAAGAACAUGACAUACCCGGAAAUCGUCACUCGAUACAACUUAGAAUAUCUGAGAAAGCUAGUGCGCAAUGGUAUCAACAAAUGGCCCGGAGCGAAAAAGGUCAUCAAAAAGGACAGUGGAUUGACUAUUUCAUUAAAGCACUCUGCAAGGAGUCUGGAUUUGAUAGCCGCCCAACUGCAGAUUGGAGAUCUUGUCGAACGCCAUCUCGUUGACGGUGAUAUUGCGCUUUAUAAUCGACAGCCUUCCCUUCACAAACUCAGUAUUCUUUCACAUUUCGUCAAGGUCCGGCCUUACAGGACUUUCCGCAUGAACGAAUGUGUCUGCAAUCCGUACAAUGCCGAUUUCGACGGUGACGAAAUGAACCUGCAUAUCCCUCAAACAGAGGAAGCUCGGUCCGAAGCUAUGGAGCUGAUGGGCGUAAAGAAUAACCUGGUCACACCAAAGAACGGAGAACCCAUCAUCGGUGCCAUCCAGGAUUUCAUCAGUGCAGCGUAUAUGUUGAGUAGCAAGGAUAAUUUCUUUGAUCGAAGAUCCUUCACUCAGAUUUGUCUGUACAUGCUUGGGCCAGAAACACGAUUCGAUCUUCCGCCUCCGGCUAUCCUUAAACCUCAGAUGUUGUGGACUGGAAAGCAAGUGUUUAAUAUUCUUAUGCGUCCAAACAAGGAUGAUCCUGUCAAAGUCAAUAUUGAUGCAGCUUGUCGAGAGUUCAAGGCACCGAAAGAUGGUCAGCCAAAGGAUCUAGACCCUAAUGACGGCUGGUUGGUCAUUCGAAAUUCGGAAAUCAUGUGCGGUGUCAUGGACAAGAGUACCAUUGGUUCCGGAAAAAAGGACAAUGUCUUCUACAUCAUGCUAAGAGAUUUCGGUCCUCCUGCCGCCGCUGAAGGAAUGAAUAGGCUUUCCAAGCUUUGUGCUCGCUGGUUCACCAACGUUGGAUUUUCUAUUGGUAUUACCGACGUGUAUCCGAGUGAGAAGCUGGUCCAAACCAAGAACGAACUAGUUGAGAGAGCCUACGCUGCUUGUGACGAAGUCAUUGCCAAAUACAAAGCCGGAAAACUAGAGAAGCUGGCUGGUUGUGACGAACUCCAGACUAUGGAGAGUCAAGUUUCUGGCAUUCUCUCCAAAGUUCGUCAGCAGGCUGGUGAAGAAUGUAUUGCGCAGCUCAGCAAGUACAAUGCUCCUCUUAUCAUGGCUACGUCUGGAUCCAAGGGUUCCAGUAUCAACGUCUCACAGAUGGUUGCUGUUGUGGGCCAACAAAUCAUCAGCAGUGAGCGUGUGCAAGAUGGUUUCCAGGACAGAACGUUGCCUCAUUUCCCGAAGAAUGCCCGUCAUCCCCCUUCCAAGGGUUUCGUGCGGAACAGUUUCUUUUCUUCUUUGUCGCCGACGGAGUUUUUCUUCCACGCCAUGAGUGGACGAGAAGGUUUAAUUGAUACUGCAGUCAAGACUGCCGAGACAGGUUAUAUGUCUCGUCGAUUGAUGAAGUCCUUGGAGGAUUUGUCGGCCAAGUACGACGGGACUAUUCGUACCUCAUCUGCCAGUAUUGUGCAGUUUAGCUACGGUGGAGAUGAUCUUGAUCCGGUAGACAUGGAGGGAAAAGCCAAACCUGUUCACUUUGAUCGAACGUACAACCAUGCGAUGGCAAUUACACAUAACAAUAACGAGCGAGGUUUAGAACCGUCGGAAAUCAGGACUAUUACAGAAGAGUUACUCGCCAAGGAACGACAGCGAUAUGUUCGCAAGGGUCUCUUUGGCGAAGAUCUCCCCUACAAGGACGAUAGCGAUUAUGGUACUGAUCAAUUCGAGAGUGCGCGUGCUUUCCUCGACUCUAUCCAGGAACACAUUGAGAAAAAGGCAGUUGAGAUGGAGAAGGCGAUCAACAGCGCUUUAUCGGGAGAAGAAGCUCGAAUGGCUCUCGAUCACGUUGGGAAGUUGUCGGAGCGGUCUCUGAGAUAUUUCAUCAAGUCUUGUCUUUCGAAAUACGAAAAGGCAAAGAUUGAGCCGGGACAUGCCGUGGGUGCGGUUGGAGCGCAGUCUAUUGGAGAGCCUGGUACUCAAAUGACAUUGAAGACUUUCCACUUUGCUGGUGUCGGUAAUUUGGCACUUACACAGGGUGUCCCACGUAUCAAGGAAAUUAUCAACGCUUCGAAAGAGAUUAGCACUCCAGUCAUUACCUGUCAUCUUGCGGUCCCGGACAAAGUCCACGCAGCCCGUAUCGCCAAGGGAAGAAUCGAAAAGACAUUUCUACGAGAUAUUAUACACUACAUCCGAGAGUCCUGGUCUGACAAGGAAGGUUAUAUAACCGUCAAACUGAACUGGGACACGAUAGAGAACCUACAGCUCGAAUUGAGUCUUCCCCAGAUCAAAGAAGCUAUCAUAAACCACCGCCGCUUCAAAGGGAAAGAUCUUUCCAUCGACGUUCUUCGAUCACAUAUCAAGAUACGAGUGGAUAUGGAUCCUAGCAGUAAGGCUGGAUUGAGCAAGACUGAUAUUGCAGCGACCAGCGCAGAUCCUUAUCUUCGCUUGAAGCAUCUCAAGCGUAUGUUACCUGAUAUUCAAGUGUUGGGUCAUCCGCAAGCGAGACGUGCUAUUAUCCACUCGGAACGGGGACUCAAUAAACUCCUGGUUGAAGGAUACGGGUUAAGAGAAUGUAUGAAUACAGAUGGAAUCGAGGGUGUGAGAACUAAGACCAACAACGUCAUGGAGAUGCGGGCUGUAUUAGGUAUUGAAGCUGCGCGAGGGACAAUUAUCAACGAAAUGAGUGAAGUCAUGAAAGACAUGGACAUUGAUCCACGCCACAUGCACCUACUAGCAGAUAUCAUGACCACAACCGGCGAAGUCCUCGGCAUCACACGCUUCGGAAUGGCCAAAAUGCGCGAUUCGGUCUUACAGCUCGCCUCUUUUGAAAAGACUGCAGACCAUCUCUUUGACGCCGGUGGCACGGGUCGUACAGAUCGCGUGGAGGGUGUAUCAGAGUGUAUUAUUAUGGGCAAGACUGUGUCUCUGGGCACGGGCGCAAUGGAAGUUGUGCGGAAACUUAACUUUUAUGAGGGACAUACGGGACCGAAGAAGACGGUGUUUGAGGAUGCCUGGUCUGAGGUUCAUCGUGAGACUGGUCGGAGGAAGAAGAGGUAGUAAUCUUACCUCUAGGCGAUAGAUUUGAAUUGCAUGGAUUGCAUGGAUGAUAAUGUAUUAUGAGUUACAAGUGAAUAACAGUGUACAAGCUACCUUGUGUAUACAAAGCCUCCAUAGAUGCAGACGAAACUCGUACAAGAUAGGAAUAAUGACUCACGAGCGUGACUCUAU